AUGGUGGGUGCAGACUUUCUUCAAGAAUGCAUAGACCAAGGUGGUCAAAUCUUGAGCAUCCGGCCGAGUUCUUAUACGGUUCGGAUUAGGAUGCCAAGUGGAGACGAGAAGGACAUUCCGAAUGGAUCUUCUAUGGGAGAAGCGACUUUGGAGAUUAGUGAAGAAGAUUUACCCGAAGUUGUCGAAUUAAAAAAGAGCAAGUUUUUGAGAGCUAUGCAAAAUGGCGGAGUUAUCACUGAAUAUCACAAGAAUAAGCGAGGAAAUUACACGUUACCUUCGAAUCAAAUUGAAAUCUACUCCAACAUCUCCCAGGAAUACUUUGAUCAAUUCAAAACUGACGAAUCAAUAGAAAAACCUCCACCAUCCACAUCCACACGUGAACAUCAUCAUAAUGAUUCAUUUGAAGAUGUUAUGAAAAAAGGUGGUCGUAUCGAAGAUUGUAUUAAAUUUCAAUCUAAUUCUGUUUUUGUCUUGAUGCCUGGGGGUAAUAUUGAACAAUUUGGAAACAUUUCUCAAGAAUUACUUGACAAAUACAAAGAGCGCAUCAAGUUGCGGCCUGAACUUGCUAGAGAUAAAAAUGCGGACCAUACACAUCGAAAGACUGAACCUUUACUUACUGAUGCACGAACACCUAAUGACCCUGACGAUGAAGAAACUCUCCGUGGUAGCAGCAGCAACUUCGGUGGUACCUCAUCAGAACCAGCACAGCCGCGUACUCCACGUACUCGUGAAGCUCCACGCGACCACACAAACUUCCUUCCAUUACGACACGGAAAAUUCACACGAUUGGAAACUAUGCUAGCUUUCACAUGUCUUCUUCUUUUAAUUCUAAUGAGCAUUUUUGCUGGUUUAUAUGCAAGUGGAGGAUGGAUUAAAAAAUCCGUAAUUCCUGAUGAUAAAGGACUUUAUAGUUACAUCAACAUACUUUAUGAAGAAAAUCAGAAACUUCUUAGAAACAUUUUAGAAGAUGAUUUUAAAUCACCUCAAGUGGCGGUAUUACCAUCUCCAUCUUCAUCGAUUGAUAAAAAAAACUUUUAUAAUCUUCAGUCGUUCUAUCAAUCAUGUAUGGACGAGGAUCGUAUCUCUCAACUUGGAGGUGCUCCUUUGGUACCACUAUUAGAUCGAUUAUUCGAGAACUUUCCUGUUGAAAAUAAAUUCUCUUUGUUUAAUAAUUUUGGUUACCAAAAUGAUAAUCUUCAACAAUCUGAUUCUCUCAAUCUACUUAAUUUGACAAAUACCUUGUCUAACUUAUCAACUAUUGGUGUGCGACCAUUACUUGAAUUCUUUGUCGAUGCUGAUGCAAAAAAUCCGAGUAAGAAUGCCUUAUAUUUAACUCAAAGUGGUCUUGUUCUACCCUCUAAAGAAUACUAUGAAGAUGUACAAGUUAUGGAAACGUAUAAGAGUGUAAUGGCUGAGUUACUAGGAAGAGCGUUAGAUAAUAGAAGUAAUUUUAUCAUUGAAAUGGGAUAUUCGACAUCCGAUAAUUUAAUGGAUGAUAUUUAUGAAUAUAGCAUAGAAAGAGUUUGGUUUAGAGGUUGGGAAGAGAUUGCUGAUAAAAUUAUAGAAUUUGAAAAGUCCUUAGCUAAAAUUUCUCUAUCACCCGAAGAAUUUUAUGAUCCUGAAGCCACUUAUAAUAUGCACACUAUAAAAUCUCUCGAAAAGCUCAGUCCAACCUUUUUUUGGUCUCAUUAUAUUAGUUCCCUUUUACCCUCAACCGUUUCAGAUCUUCCAUCAAAAAUAAUACUGACAUCAAAUCAAUAUUUUGAAAAUCUUUCACUUCUUGUAAAAAAGACCCAUCCACAAAGUUUGCAAGCUUACUUUGCUUGGCAAAUCAUUGCAAAGCAUGCUAAUAGUUUGGAUGAAAAUUUUAGAGCCCCUUUACGAAGAUUGAUGGCAAAAUUAAGAGGUGUUGAUGAAAACGUAAAGCCAAAAAGAUGGGAGGUUUGUCUUAGUUCAGUUGAUAAAGCAUUAGGUUUUAUAGCUGGAAGAUAUUAUGUUUUGAAGGCUUUUGGUGAUAUAGCAAAUAACAUGAUCACCUCUAUUAAAGAAGCAUUCGUUAAUCGUUUACAAGAUCUAGAUUGGCUUGAUGAUAAAACUCGUAAACUAGCUUUUGAAAAGGUUGAUGCCAUUAUUCAAAAAAUCGGUUAUCCUACAAAAUCUCCUAACACAUCAGAUCCAUUAUCCCUUCAAGAUUAUUAUAGAAAUGUAAAAUUUGAUCAAGAUGAUUAUUUUGGUAAUUUGUUGAGUUCUCAUUUAUGGGCAUCUGACAUACAAUGGAAAGAAGUGGAUAAACCGGUAGAUCGUGACAUUUGGUACAUGAGUCCUCAGACUGUUCGUACUGAUCCACAUUCUCCUCCAGCUUGGAGAGUCAAUGGUGUUUUACGUAAUUCGCCGAAGUUUUCUGAGGUUUUUAAAUGCAAACCAGGUUCAAAAAUGAAUCCAGUAAAAAAAUGUGCCCUAUGGUAA